AUGGCUGGUAUAAACGCAGGCGACGAAAAACUUGUGUUUGAGUCCUCAGAGGCUGUUUCUGUCGUCUCAACAUUCGACGACCUUGGUUUGAAGGAGGACCUGUUACGCGGCAUCUAUGCGUACAACUUCGAAAAACCUUCCGCUAUUCAGCAGCGGGCUAUCUUACCGAUAACCCAAGGACGGGAUGUCAUUGCUCAGGCCCAGUCUGGUACCGGUAAAACUGCAACCUUCUCCAUUUCCAUCCUCCAAUCAAUCGACGUCACUGUCAGAGAAACCCAGGCCCUUGUGUUGUCGCCUACUCGCGAAUUGGCAACUCAAAUUCAAUCAGUUGUUCUCGCUCUGGGCGACUACAUGAACGUCCAGUGUCACGCAUGCAUUGGAGGAACUUCUAUUGGAGAGGAUAUUAGGAAGUUGGAAUAUGGCCAACAUGUCGUGUCAGGGACACCAGGGCGAGUUUUUGACAUGAUUCGUAGAAGAAGUUUGCGAACCCGAAACAUCAAAAUGCUGGUGCUUGACGAAGCCGAUGAACUCCUCAAUAAAGGUUUCAAAGACCAAAUUUACGACGUUUACCGAUACCUUCCUCCAGCUACCCAAGUAGUACUCCUGAGCGCAACUCUCCCCUAUGAUGUUUUGGAGAUGACAACGAAAUUUAUGACCGAUCCAAUUCGAAUCCUCGUCAAGCGUGACGAAUUGACCCUUGAAGGAAUAAAACAGUUUUUCGUUGCAGUCGAAAAAGAGGACUGGAAAUUCGACACACUCUGUGAUCUGUACGAUACUCUCACCAUAACUCAAGCUGUCAUCUUUUGCAAUACGCGCCGAAAGGUUGAUUGGUUGACGGAGAAAAUGCGGGCCUCCAAUUUUACCGUCUCUUCUAUGCAUGGUGAGAUGGUACAAAAAGAAAGGGACGCCAUUAUGGCAGAAUUCCGUGGCGGAACUUCUCGGGUCUUAAUUACAACAGACGUUUGGGCUCGGGGCAUUGAUGUACAACAAGUCUCUCUGGUAAUCAACUACGACCUUCCCGCCAACCGAGAGAACUACAUACAUCGCAUUGGUCGAUCUGGCCGCUUUGGAAGAAAGGGUGUGGCCAUCAACUUCGUCACUGUCGAUGAUGUCCGCAUUCUGCGUGAUAUCGAACAAUUCUACAGCACACAAAUUGACGAAAUGCCCGUAAAUGCAGCGGAGCUUAUCUGA